AUGGUCCCACCUGGGUCGCCAAAACUGAAACAACAAAGUCGUACUGGUUACAAGAUAAAUUUCUGGUCACGCUUCCCAUUCGACAUACUCUUUACUACACAGGUACUGCUUUGUGGUGUAAUUGUUAUGCGUCCGGAAGAUCCACUUACAUUUUUAGAAGAAAAGCUGAGAGAAAUAAUGGAAAAGGGAUUAGAUGCUGUCUUAUGGUAUAUGUGUAUUGAUCUGUCUUUACACCCAAAACUAAAGAGGAUUUCAGAAACUUACCAGAACACUGUUUUUGGACUAGAUGGUGAACAACUGAUGACUGAAGAGUUAUGUGCCAAAGCAUGGGACUUUUACAGCAGAAGAUUAAUGAAGCUGUACUUUGGAGGGUGGAUAAAAUAUAAUCUGCUGAAAAAGAACAUAAGAAAAAAGGCAAAGCAGAAGAUGGGUCUAGCAGUAGUCCAUUAUAAUGUCCAAAUAUUAAGAGUUAUUGUACAGAAGUGGAGCAUGUGAGUGCAGAUUGACAAGGAAAAAAUGACAUUGGCAGCGAAGAGACUGCAACAGGUCUUUAACAAAAUAUAUUUAAAUGCUGUUGUGAAAGCUUGGCAUGCAGAGGCCCACAGUUCUUUGAAAACAAAAGCAUAUUUUGAGAGUUUGGCAAAGGAAAGUCAGAAAAGCUGUUUUGAAACAUAUGAUCUUACUGUCAGACAUAAAACGUCUCAUUUACCAGAAGAAGCCUUAUUACAGGUUUUCCAUUAUGUAAAUUUAGUUAAUCUGGCAAGAUGUGCUCAAGUUAGCCAAAUGUGGAUGCUACUGACUCAGAACAGUUCAUUAUGGAGUGACAUCAAUUUUUCAUCAGUGAAACAUAAAGUUCAGGACCAAAUAGUAGUACAUAUUUUGCAGAAGUGGCGUCCAUAUGUAUUAUAUUUGAAUCUUCGAGGUUGCUAUUCUCUUCACUGGCCUAGCUUUAAAAGUAUCAGUGAAUGUAAGAAUUUGCAAGACUUAAGUCUUUCUGAAUGCCAGGGAUUAAAUGAUGAAUCAGUGAGACUCAUAUCAGAAAGUUGCAGAGCUCUUCUCUAUUUAAAUCUGUCUUAUACAGAUAUUACUAAUGGAACACUACAACUAUUGUCAAGCAGCUUCCCCAAUUUACAGUAUCUGAGUUUAGCUCACUGCAGAAAAUUCACAGACAAAGGUUUACUGUACCUGGGCUCUGGAAGAGGCUGUCACAAGCUCAUCUAUUUGGACCUUUCAGGUUGCAUUCAGAUUUCAGUUGAUGGCUUCAGAAAUAUUGCCAAUGGCUGCAGUAGGAUUCAAGAUUUGCUAAUCAACAAAAUGCCAACUCUUACAGACAGAUGUAUUCAAGCUUUGGUUGAAAAAUGCCAACAGAUAAUGUCUGUUGUCUUUCUUGACUCUUCACAUCUUUCUGAUACAACUUUUAAAGUCCUUGCUGAAUGUAAACUUGUCAAGGUCAGCAUUGAAGGGAAUAACCAAAUUACUGAUUUAAGUUUCAAGUUGAUGAGUAAAUGCUGCCCGUACAUCAGGCACAAUCAUAUGGCUGAUUGCCAGAAGAUUACAGAUGCUGGUCUUAAGAUGAUUUCACUACUGAAGCAUAUUCUUGUACUGAAUGUAGCAGACUGCAUAAGAAUCAGUGGUGGAGGUGUAAGGCCAUUUGUACAAGGUUCUUCGGGAGCUAAGCUAAGAGAGCUGAAUUUGACUAAUUGUAUUCAUGUCACUGACGCUUCUGUCACAGAAAUAACACAAAGAUGUCAUGAAUUGACCUACCUAAAUCUGUGUUACUGUGAAAAUGUGACUGAUGCUGGAAUUGAAGCCUUGGGAAAUAUAUCGUCAUUGAUAUCCAUUGAUAUCUCUGGAACCAGCAUCUCAGAUAUGGGCUUGAGAGCCCUUGGCUGCCUUGGAAAAAUAAAGGAACUUUCUCUAUCAGAAUGCAAAAACAUCAGUAAUACUGGGAUUCAGGAGUUCUGCAAGGGCACAAAAUACCUGGAAUACUGUCAUGUCUCUUACUGCCCUCAGCUGACGGAUGAAGCUGUGAAAGCAAUGGCAUUUCACUGCCACUGCCACAUUUCAUCUGUCAACAUAGCGGCUUGCCCAAAGAUGACUGAUACCAGUAUCCAAUACUUGGCUGCAGCCUGCCAUUAUCUCCACUUCUUGGAUGUCUCGGGUUGCAUUCAUCUUACUGACAAAGCACUGAAAUAUCUAUGGAAAGAUUGUAAGCAACUCCAGAUUCUCAAGAUUCUGUACUAUAGGAAGAUUACCAAACAAGCUCUCUUGAAAUAUACAGCCAAAUUGGAGAAACAAGAACAUAAUGAUGCUGACCCUCCUUCCUAGCUUAGAUAUGACCGGGAUGGUAACACACUCACCUUCCAAAAAAACACACAUCAGAGUCUGAAUAAACAAAUUUUUCAAAAUGGAAGAUGAAGAAAUUGUGCAACAUCUUCUACAGUUCAAGGGUUUUUCACUAGAGCAUGAAAAGAACAC